CUAGCUUUGUCAAUGGCCACAAUCAGCGGUGCACGCGUCGGCCUCUACGUUGUCCUAUGGCUUUUCUCCGCCGUCCUCCUCGGACUUACCGCCACCCGCCUCCACUAUACCCUCCGCCUCCCGCCAGGUGACCCGCUCAACAAUGGCCUACCCUUCUACGACCCCAUCGUCGCAGAGCUCCUUGUCACUUCCGUCCUCGCGAUGAUUUGGUCCUCGUUUAUUAUCCACGUCAUCCACAGGAGCUACGACUAUGGUCGCAUCUCAACCUUCGCGGGCGAACUUGUCGGCCUCAUGGGCCUCUUCGCUCUUUUCCUCGUCGGCGCUGCAAUCUCCUCCACCUUCUGGGGCAACCUUUUCUGGUGCCACCAGUUCUGGCAGUGCCGCAUCCUGACGGUGCUCGUCGCGUUCGCGUGGAUGUGCUGGGUGCUUGUGUUCAUCCUCGUCUUCGUGAGCACGAUGUUCGCCGUCGCGAACGCCGCGUUCUUCCAUCCGCUCCACGGGCGCUACGACGCGCGCGACAGCUACUUCCAGCGCGAGCCGAAGCGCAGGCGGUGCGGCGUUUUCUAGGUCCAGUUGAAUCGUUAUUUUGCCCGGGAAUGACUGUUGUAUGUGUACUUUCUGUUGACGUUCUUCAUGAGCAGUGUGAUGAGUUUGCGUGGACAUAUACGAGACCGCUGUAUGAUGUGUACAUAGUGAUAAGUACCGCGCCCAGCGCGCUCUCUACGGUAUAUAAUGUCUACGGUAUAUCGCGCUCUCUACGGUAUAUAAUGAGACCCAUGAAAUCGGAUGCCACUCGAUCAAGUGCCCAUGUCGAUCCCGAAAGCUUCAGCCACCAGCCGUGCGGUCCCAGGAAUGGCUGUCGGGGACGCCUUUGCAGUCGUCUUACGCGGCUGCACCCCGCGCCCAGGCGCCACAUCG